CCCCCGACCCUGGCGAUCCCCGGGCGCCCUGGCCUCCGGGGCCAGCCCCUCCCGUGCCCGGCGUCUCCCCUGGCAGCUCCGGGGUGGCGUCCAAGAAAAUGGCCCUCCCCUCCCCGCCGGCAGCGCUCUCAGACGACGGCUGGACUUCUGAAAAGCUGACAGGCCCAACCUGCUGCUGGAGGCAGGGAAGGUGCUGUCGGUGAAAGCGAGGGGCCAGCCGCUGGAGCCCCCCGUUUCCCUCUCGCUCCGCCUCCCCCGCGAUGCAUUACUUUUUCACUAACUUCUUGCAACUUGUCUGCUUCCAUCUGCUGCCCAGACCGAUGGAGCAGCGGUGCUGUUUUCAGGUUGCUUCCUUCGGGCUUCCGUGGGAUUAGGAGUCUGUGUACGGGAGCUGUUGAGAUCCUUGUUUCAGAUCCAGGCUGGGAUGAAGGUGAUGUUUUUCAGUGUGGUACUCAAAGCCCAAACUAUUCGCGCCCUCUUACGGAAAAAUCACCUGGGCACACUACGUCUAUCCUAACUUUUCCCAGAAAUCUGCAUUGGUAGAUGCCUGGUAGACAUCUUAGAACUUUAAAAACAGAGAAGACCUGCUUUUAGGGGAAAAUGCUGAGGGACACUAUGAAAUCUUGGAAUGAUAGCCAGUCCGGUCUCUGUACCAGUGACCAAGAAGAGGAAGAAGACAUGGUUUUUGGUGAAAAUGAAGAUGACUUGGAAGAGAUGAUGGAUUUAAGUGAUCUGCCCACCUCUCUUUUUGCCUGCAGUGUCCAUGAAGCAGUGUUUGAGGUGCAAGAGCAGAAGGAGAGAUUUGAAGCGCUUUUCACCGUCUAUGAUGAGCAGGUUACGUUUCAGUUGUUUAAAAGCUUUAAAAGAGUCAGAAUAAAUUUCAGCAAGCCUGAAGCAGCAGCCAGAGCACGAAUAGAACUCCACGAAUCAGACUUCAAUGGGAAGAAGCUGAAGCUGUAUUUUGCACAGGUUCAGGUGUCCCGUGAAACACGAGACAAAUCGUAUCUACAGCCGCCCCAGCCGGUCAAGCAGUUCCUCAUCUCCCCUCCAGCGUCUCCUCCCGUGGGGUGGAAGCAGGGGGACGACGCGAUGCCGCUUUUAAAUUACGACCUACUCUGUGCUGUUUCCAAGCUGGGACCAGGAGAAAAAUACGAACUUCAUGCAGGAACCGAGUCGACACCCAGCGUGGUGGUGCACGUCUGUGAAAGUGAAACGGAAGAGCUAGAGGAAACAAAAAACCCCAGACAGAAAAUUACCCAGACCAGGCGCCCGGAACCUCCAGGCACAGCCCCGAGCGAGCCCCAGACCUUCGACUGUGCCCCGUGAGGCCUGAUUGUGGCGCGAGGCAGCUGCCAUCGCGGGCGCUGGUCAUGGAAACAGUGCCCCCUGCUGGGGCACUGCUGCUCGAGGUGUAGGUGAGGUGAGCGGGCAUGCGGGCAGUGUGUUCACCACGCCUGCGCCGUGGACACGGCCGUCUAGAGUAGAGGCUGAUGUUCUGAGAAGCACUGCAAGGAUUGGCCCCCAACAUGCAGCAUCUCUUGACCACUUUGAACAGUAGCCAACUAGGAACACGGCCCCCUCCAGGAAUGUUCCUCUCCCUGAUUCUGUGUAGCAUGGAGAACCCCCAACUAAAACUAUCGUCGCCGAGCGCAGCCCCGUUUUUAUGAAUUUAAAAGUAGUCUUACAGUUUUAAUAAUCUAGUGUGGGUAUUUUUGUACUGGUAUGACAGCUUCUAACUAAACCCCUUGAUCAAAGCUUAAUUACUAUUCCGUAUACCUGAAAUUGUUUGCACGUCAAGAAACCUGAAGUAUAGAAUAAUUCAUAGAAAAUCAUUUUUCUCUGGUAUUUUAUUUCCUUUAACUUUGGGGAAGAAAAUGCCAAAUUCACUUUGACCAUCAGAGUCUAAUGGCACAGAUCCGCGUGCGUACUGUUCUCUGCCCUGGAAUCCAAGGAAAGCGAUGGGCACACCACUGUCCGCGUUUGUGGUCCCUCCCAGGGGAGGAGCUGCUGCUUUGGCUGGGGGAUCGCCUGGAGCUCCCCUGCUUAUGGCUCAGGCGGCUGCCGCCGGGCCUGCUUGUGGCUCAGGUGGCUGCCGCCGGGCCUGCUUAUGGCUCAGGCGGCUGCCGCCGGGCCUGCUUGUGGCUCAGGCGGCUGCUGCCGGGCCUGCUUGUGGCUCAGGCGGCUACCGCCGGGCCUGCUUGUGGCUUAGGCGGCUGCCGCCGGGCCUGCUUGUGGCUCAGGUGGCUGCCGUCGGGCUUGCUUGUGGCUCAGGUGGCUGCUGCCGGGCCUGCUUGUGGCUCAGGUGGCUGCCGCCGGGUGCCGCUUGUGACCGUGUGCUAGCCUAUGGCAUCCCAACUGCUCCCAGCCACCUGCUAGGCUCUCCUGUGCUGUACAUAUUUGUGUGUCAUUCAUAGACUUUAAAUUAGAAAAGGAAAUGGUCAGAUUUUCUUACAAACCAUUUUAAAAGUGUCCAUUUGAGCAUUUUUCAUCCUGAAAGAAAAGUCACACUUACUCCGUUUCUGUGAAUCAGGGAGAGAUGGGAGAUCAUUUUGGUAGUCAGACUCCUUUUUUGGUGAGGCAUUUUACAGUAGGCAUUUCCCCCUAACAGAAUUGUUUCUCACUUGGGUUUCAGAGUGGAUAGUUGAACUUCCUAACGUAGAAGCAAGAGUCUUUUUAAUUUGGGGGGUCUGUUCAGACUUUAAAGACCUUUUUAUAGAAAAGUCUCAUAACUAAAUGCUUUGCUCUGCUGAUUCUCUGCUCACACGGCUGUUUUAUUUUAUGGCAAAUGUCUGGAGUGCCUGGUCUGUAUGUAAAGGGGUUGCGCACCUGAGUUUGGCCUAAUACAAUGUGGCUACUGCUAUAAAAGAGAAAAAUGCAGACAUGCAGGCCAUGAUAUCUGUACAUUUUUGGUAACAUGUUUUUGUGGUUUAGAUGUUCUUAUGGUAGACUUUAUUUCUGAGGACUUAACUAUAUUGCAAAAAAAGUUUUGUAUGUUUUCCUUGCUCUGAAACACUCUGAGGUGAUAAACUCUUCUAUUUGUAUGUAUCUACCACUGCUGCGCCUCCGUGUAAGUUCAGUUCAGGUUUGUGAUUCCACAAGUAAUUUAUUAAAUUCAGAUCACCA